AUGCCAAGAAAUGCGCGUUCGGCUAGAGCUCCCCCACAUGUCCGCAAGAAACUGCAACUAACAGCUACAGACAAUUCUAACUUCUACGAACCCCAAAAGGAUGAAAGAGCGACCGCAAUAGUAUCCAUCACGUGUCAGCGUCAGUCGAGUCGAAAGAUGGCAGACGUUCCUGCCAAAGGCCAAGAGGUGGACUAUACCAUUAAGCCAGAAGCUACAACGCCAGCAGUCGAUACCAGCAACAGACCAUUGCUCCUCAAAAAUGACGACAGACUACUCGUCCGAACCGGCCAUUUCACGCCAAUCCCUGUGGGAUGUACUCCUCUCAAGCGUGACCUCAAAUCUUUCAUUAGCUCCGUCGAUGCAAUACAGAUAGCGCAGAUCCUACGGCUGCUAGCCGAGUUAACGAAGUCUCCUAAAGAGCGCAAUGUACUCGAAGGCUUGCUUCAAGGCUUCGAAAAACUGGCGUGGCUAGAGGACAAUGACACCCAGAGUACUACCUUAGAUCGUUACUUUGAAUCUGUUAGACCCGAAGCUAGCGAUACUGCUUUCAACGUUGAUAGUGGAGGAUCAAAUCGCAUGGAGGUUGAUGAUCGGGAGGUCGAGGACAAAGUACUCCGUGGUGAAAAGGUAGCCAACGAAGAUGACGAUAAGAAAACCAAUGACAAACGAUUGAGCGACGAGAACGCUGAUGAGGAGGCCUUCCAUGUUGAGGAGGACUCCGGUGUUGUGGAGGAGGACUUUGAUGUUGAGGAGGACUCCGAUGCUGAGGAGGACGUACUUCCCGACGCUCUUGAUGCAGGUGAAGAUAUCGAGUAA